AUGUGUUUCCUUCGGACACGCGCGCAAGUCUUCUUAGAAGAGGUUAUCAUUGGCCGCAUCAAUUUAUCAGAAGGCUCAAAUGUCUGCUUUUCGCACACGACUGACGGUAUAUCCUUCGCUAGUCGUUCUUCCUCUUCAACGCUAGCUGGAAUCCAAGAGAUGCAACGAAGUGGCCGAAGUGCAAACCAAUCGCGCGAAGACAUUCGAUGA